GUGCUCUGUCUAUCAGUAUACACCGUGCCUCAUAAGCACCCAGUAGGCGAGUGACAAACCGUGCGCUCACACUUUGCCACCCAGCCAGAUACAGAGAAGCAAUGGGAGACGAUAACUGAGGCAACCACAAAGAGAUAUACACUGAGACCGACUAUGGCUGUGGACGCUGCGUCCAGCUUCAGCUUCUGCCGUGCAUCCCUGGAGCAAACCGUUUCUGCAGAGGAGCUAAGCUACCAACUGCCUCGCCGGCCAGGGUCUAGUCUCACCUGGCACGAUGGGAGGGGACAGAUGAACACGUAUACACGCGCCGUCAAACUACUGCAGCAACCUGGCUCAAAGGGCAUACAGCUGCAUCCAGGAGAAGCUUUCACUGUGUACCACACCAGCCCUACGCUGUCCAGUCUGUCCAAACCAGUGGUGCUGUGGACCCAACAGGACGUCUGCAAGUGGCUAAAGAAACACUGUCCUCACAACUACCUAACCUAUGUAGAAGCCUUCUCCCACCACGCUAUCACAGGUCGCGCAUUGCUGAGGUUGAACGGGGAGAAGUUGGAGAGGAUGGGCAUCGUCCAGGAGACACUGAGACAGGAGGUUCUACAGCAGGUCCUUCAGCUACAAGUCAGAGAAGAGGUCCGCAACCUGCAGCUGCUCAGCAGAGCCUCCUUCGGAAACCUUUCUUAGCUCGAUCCCUUUCUCGAUCCCUUUCUCCUCCGCUGAAACAAUACGUCACCAGUAGCUAUGGUAGGACCUGCUCACUCCAGAUAUGUGACAGCAGAACUGGGCUGUAAAAGGAGAGAACGGAAGAGGGGAGAGAACGGAAGAGGGGAGAGAACGGAAGAGGGGAGAGAACGGAAGAGGGGAGAGAACGGAAGAGGGGGAGAGAAGAGUCUAUUUUCUACAUGACAAACAGACUGAAGGAGGAUUCCCAUUCAACAAGGCCAAACUGGUUUAAACGAGGAGCGACGGAGUGGGAGAGAAAGAGACAGUGAACUGCUGAAUAAAAGAGCACAGACUGUGACAUAGAGAAAAGAUGUAUGAACUGACGUUGACAUUGUAGACAAAUCAAUUUGUCAAAUCAAAGUUAUAUUAUUAUAACUACAUGAGGUUCUUAGCUUCUUCUUUCAUUGUGGGAUGAGAACUAUUACUGAUCAAUCAAUGUGGUACAUUACAGUGGGUGGCUUAUUCCAAGAUGGGUGGAAAGGAAAUGGGAAACCGGAUGUCAAUGUCUCUGUAUGAUACAUUGUGAACAGGGUUGUGAGUAUCUUUUCCUCUCGGGAUUUUCAUUUUGGAAUAUGUAUAUCGUUUUGAUAGAUCUAAUUCAUACAGUAUAACGUACAUCAUUGCCUACGUGAGCACCCUCUCCCCAAAGCAUAUUCUCUUCCUUUCUUCUAUAAAGCUGUGCCAUGACGAUGUACAGAAUGUCACCUCCCA